AUGGCCCGUAGUGCUUUAAAUAACAGAUUAACUGCUCUAUAUUCCAAAGAAAAUAGUACAAACAAAAUAGUUGAGAGAAGUGAAAACGAGAGGAAAUGCUACGAGAAAGACGAUCAUAAUGAAAAAGAAACCAGAAAAAGAAUUAAAAAAAGUGUUAGAGACCUUCUUAAUGAGGAGUUUGGUGUUACAUCAGAUGGUUUAGGGAAUUUAGGUCAAAGUUUUUUUCCAGAGGAUCCGCCAAAGCUUUCAUUAAAGGAUAUCGCAGGAAUAGAAAACGUUAUCAAAGAUAUUGAAGAAUUUAUUAUAAGGCCGUUGAAGUUUCCAGAUAUUUAUAGGGCAGUAGGAGUUAAUUCUCCAUGCGGAGUUUUGCUUCAGGGCCCUCCUGGGACCGGGAAAAGUUACCUUUCUAUGUGUAUAGCAGGAGAACUUGGCCUUCCAUUUUUUAAAUUAUCUGGUACAAAUCUAAUUAAUGGUGUUUCUGGGACAUCUGAGGCGUCUUUAAGGAAACUUUUUGAUGAUGCAAUGGAGAUGGCACCAUGCUUAAUUGUAAUUGAUGAAAUCGAUAUUGUUACUCCGAAAAGAGAAGGGAGCAAUAGGGAGAUGGAAAGACGAUUAGUAUCACAGUUCGCUAACUGCUUAGACAAAAUUUCAGGCAAAUUUGUUGUUGUUAUCGGAACUACAAGCCGUCCUGAUUCUAUUGAUCCAAUAAUCAGAAGAAAUGGAAGAAUGGACCGUGAAGUUUCGAUGCCGAUGCCUGAUGAAAACGCUAGAAAAGACAUACUUCAAGUUUUAUGCAAAAAUGUUAAUGUUGACAAGGAUGUCGAUUUUAGAAUGAUUUCCAGAAAAACACCGGGAUUUGUGGGUGCAGAUUUGAAAACUUUAAUAAAUGAGGCUGCUCUAAUUAGAGUAAAUAAGUUAUACGAUAAGGUUAGGCCGGAUAAAAACACUGUGGAUGGUCAGAGUACAUUAUCUUUUGACAUGCAAGCUUCAGAAAAACAGGAAGUAUUUGAGAUCGCCGAAACUUCCUCCACAAUGACAGAUGAAGGGGAACCUAAUAGCAUAAUAUCGGAGAAAAACAUAUCAGAUCAUUCAAAACUUGAGUUGAGUUCAUGUUGCGUCUCUCAUGAAGAUAUUUUAGAAGCUCUCCAAAAUAUUACUCCAAGUUCAAGAAGAGAAGGUUUUACUACAAUACCAGAUAUUUCGUGGGAAAAUGUUGGUGCAUUGAACGAAUUGAGAGUUGAUUUAGAGCUUAGAAUCAUUUCACCAAUCAAAAAUUCCCAUAUAUAUGACAAGUUUGGGCUUGAAACUCCAUCUGGAGUGCUAUUAUAUGGCCCUCCUGGAUGUGGGAAGACCCUUCUUGCAAAGGCUAUUGCCAAAGAAAGCGGUGCGAACUUCAUUAGUAUUCGUGGGCCAGAGCUACUUAACAAAUAUGUAGGUGAAUCAGAAAAGGCUGUAAGAACAGUCUUUGAGAGAGCCAGAGCCUCUGCUCCCUGUAUUGUAUUUUUUGAUGAGCUUGAUUCACUUUGUGCGGCAAGAAGUAGUGAAGGGAACGGUGCGACAGAGAGAGUUGUAAAUCAACUACUCACUGAAUUGGAUGGUGUAGGUGAGAGACAAAAAGUGUUUGUUGUUGCAGCUACGAAUCGACCAGAUAUAAUUGAUCCAGCAAUGAUGCGCCCUGGAAGGCUAGAUAGAGUUGUAUAUGUUCCACUUCCGAAUGAAAUGGGCAGGCUUGAUAUUCUAAUGAAGGUUUCCAAAAAAACUCCUCUCGCACAAGACGUCGACUUUGGAGUAAUUUCCAAAAAUACAGAAGGGUUUUCUGGGGCAGACCUAUCACAACUUAUUCGAGAAGCUACAUUAAAGGCUUUGGACAAAUUGAGAAUAAGUGAUAGUUCUAUUUUUUCAAACACUGAUGAUUUUGAUUUUAGAAUUAACGAUAUUUCCGGGAUUGUUACACAAGAUCUACUAAUGAGUGUAGUUUCUGAAAUGAAACCUUCUGUUAGAGAAGAACAAAUCAACUUCUUUGAAAACUUAAAAUUUGGUCAGAAGUUGAUUUCAAGUUAA